UGCCGUUUCCGCCCGGCCUGCUGAGGAGGAGCUGUUGGCUGCUCACUGUUGCCGCGGAGGGGGAGGGGCCGUAGGCUGUUGCUCUGUGGAGCUGAGCUUUCGGUCCGGCCAGCUCUCUAGGAAACGCCGUGGCGCCGAGCAGGGCCUAACGCCGGGGGCCCGAGCAACGGGCCGGACAGGUCAGCCAAAGCAAUUGAAGAAGAGGAAAGGUUUACCCAUGUCCGUGACGUGUUGGCCGAGGCUUUGCGGCUGCUCCCCGCCCUUGGAGCUGCCAGUCACUACCCUUUGGACUCCGUGAUCCCUGACAAACGUCAUGAGCAUUGCAAUCCCUCUGGGAGUCACUACACCAGAUACAUCUUAUUCAGAUAUGGCUGCUGGAUCUGACCCAGAGUCUGUCGAAGCUAGCCCAGCUGUUAGUGAGAAGAAUGUGUAUGCAAAUCACGGCUACGGGGCCUCCCAGAGGCACAGCUACCGAGGGCUGCCUUAUGCAGAUCAUAAUUAUGGAGCUCCUCCUCCUCCGACCCCUCCUGCUUCUCCCCCUGUCCAGACCAUCAUCCCACGUGCAGAACUGAAUGGCCUGCACUCUCAUGAUGAGGAGAAUUCUGGUGACACAGAGAGCUCUUCAGAGGCAGAAUCUAUUCCUAGCUGGUGUCACUGCAGUCUCUCCCAAGAUGGCUUCCUCAUCAAGUGUGAAAAAUGCAGGGGAAUUGGCAGGGGGAAAGUAAUCAGAUUUCGUCGCCGGAAACAAGACAACGUGUCAGGUGGAGAUAGCAGUGCAACAGAGAGCUGGGAUGAGGAGCUCUCUCCCUCCACAGUGUUGUAUACUGCUACACAACACACUCCUACGAGCAUCACUCUGACAGUCAAUCGAGUCUGUAGAACCAAACCUAAAAAGAGAAAAAGGAAUACAGAGAGAGCUCGUACAGCACCAAAAGCUAAAAAAAUCAAGGCUUUUAGAGAAGGUUCACGGAAAUCUUUGCGGAUGAAGAAUUCUCCUUCAGAAGCCCACGCCCUGGAUGAGAAUACCACAGAGGGGUGGGAAAACCGCAUUAGACUUUGGACCGAUCAGUAUGAAGAAGCCUUCACAAACCAAUACAGCGCCGAUGUGCAAAAUCUCCUAGAGCGUCAUCUAAAUGCUAAUAAAGAAUUUGCGGGCAAGGCGGCUGUGCUGGACACAAUCAAUAAGACUGAACUGGCCUGUAACAACACGGUUAUCGGCUCCCAAAUGCAGCUUCAGCUGGGGAGAGUCACGAGGGUUCAGAAGCACCGAAAGCUUUUGAGGGCCGCGAGAGAUUUGGCUGCAGAUACCCUUAUAAUUGAAUAUCGUGGGAAGGUGAUGCUAAGACAGCAGUUUGAGGUCAAUGGUCAUUUCUUCAAAAAGCCGUAUCCCUUUGUGCUAUUUUACUCCAAAUUUAAUAGUGUUGAGAUGUGUGUGGAUGCCCGCACUUUCGGAAAUGAUGCCAGAUUCAUCAGGCGUUCCUGUACACCAAACGCAGAGGUUCGUCAUGUGAUUGCAGAUGGGAUGAUUCACCUGUGCAUAUAUGCGGUCGCUUCCAUUGCCAAAGAUGCAGAGGUCACCAUUGCCUUCGAUUAUGAAUACAAUAUCUGCAAUUAUAAAGUGGAUUGUGCCUGCCACAAAGGAAACAGGAAUUGUCCUGUGCAAAAGCGGAGCCUGAACCCCGUAGAACAGCUACCUCCACCGAUUCUGGACACUCUGAUCGGAGCAGAAACUAGACGCCGGAAAGCCCGGCGUAAGGAAUUGGAGCAGCAGGGUGCAGCCUCAGAUGAGAACAGCAAUCCCCAAACCGAGGAAGUCUCUGAGGGUCCCGCUGCAGUGAGCGAUAAUGAGGCUGCAGAUAAGGAAGAGAAGCCAGAAGAGGAGAAGGAAACUGCUGUUGAUGAGCUGGGAGGUCAGGGCAGACGGACCCGAGAAGAUAGAAAGGUGGAAGCUAUCAUGCAUGUUUUUGAGAAUCUGGAAAAGAGAAAGAGGAGGAGAGAUCUGCCAUCGUCGGACAGGAGCAGCACAGAUGCAGAGAUAGUGGUUACUGCAGAGACCCCAGAACCAGAAGAAGCAAAACCUGUGCCAAAUGAAAAUGAAGAUAACAGUUUGGCUUUAAAUGUACCGGUGGCAAGUGCUCCGACCUGUGUCAGCAGCGUUGGGGUGAACACCCGGAGAUCUUCACAGGCUGGGGAGACAAAUACAGAUAAACCAGUCCCUAAACCGGCACCACCAAAAACACCACGGCCCAGGCCCAAAAGCCGUUUCUCGCGUUAUCGGAGCAGUUCAGCACAGAGACUAAGAAGGCAAAAACAAGCUGCCAGUGCUCAGCAGUCUGAACUCUCUCAAACUGUUCCCGAGGAAGGAAGUGGCACCAGCACAGCAGUGGCAGCGGAAGUGAGCAGGGUAGAGGGCCCAGGAGAGGGGAGGCCACAGGUGGUGAACUCUGAUCCAGUUGUGACAGCUGCUACAGGAUCCCAGGCCAACCGGGCAGCACCCAAAUACCCUAAAACGAAAAAGUAUCUGGUUACAGAGUGGCUGAAUGACAAAGCAGAGAAGCAGGAGUGCCCCAUUGAGUGCCCUUUACGUAUCACCACUGACCCAACUGUGCUGGCUACCACCCUGAACAUGUUGCCAGGCCUUGUUCACUCCCCACUCAUUUGUACCACCCCUAAACAUUAUAUCCGUUUUGGCUCUCCCUUCAACCCAGAAAGGCGAAGGCAGCCGCUUCAGCUGGAUGGGAAUUACAGUUCUUGUAAAAAGCGUUGGAUGAAGCAGGCUCUGGAAGAAGGAAUGACUCAGACCUCACCUGCUUCCCAGGAGAGUAAAACCCAGUGUCUAUACCAAAGCAACGAGAGUAGUAGCGUUUCUGGCAUUUGCACAGAAAAUACAGACGUAUUGAGCCCUCUGAAGAAGUGGAAGUCUCGCUAUCUGAUGGAGCAGAGUGUUACUAAAUUAUUGCGGCCACUGUCUCCUGUCACUCCUCCGCUUCCUGACUCCCUGGUUCCAGAUUCGCUGAGCCCACACCUCACCACGUCCUCCUCAUCUGUGCCAGGAGAGGAGGAAAGUCGCAGUGGCUGCGGUGUGAUCUUCUCCCCGAUUCCCUCCUUGGCUGCUAGUCGCUGCAAUACUCCACUACAGUUUGAGAACGUAUCCUCCCCUGAGAGUACCCCUGCGCAUAGGCCCGAGUCCCUGUCGCCCGAGCUCUGCCUCAGGACAGACCUGGAUAUGCCAAAGGCAGGAUUCCUGGACGCUGGUGCUAACAACUGCCUAGAGAGACCUUCGUUACUCGCCACGGGGCAUUCUGAUCUAGCAUCCCAGCCCUCAGAUACCAGCUUCCUGGGAAAGAGCAUGGAGACCCAGACUCUGCUCAGAAACUCUGACCAAGCUUUUCGGACAGAGUUUAAUUUAAUGUAUGCCUUUUCCCCUUUGAACGCGAUGCCCCGGGCCGAUGGAUUAUUAAGAGAGUCCCCCCAGAUGGCCGAUGGGAAGCUUCUGAAUCCAGAUAUGGGCAGCUGCAGUUCUCCUGCAGAGGGAUACUUUGGCAGACAUGAGCAGGUGAUGCUUAAAGAAGCAGUACAUGGCUCAGUGGUCCAUUGUGAAGGAGUCAAACCUGCCCCCCAGAACCCUCCACAGAGAAAAAAGGUGUCUCUGCUGGAAUACCGCAAACGAAAGCAAGAGGCCAAGGAGGGAGGGGAUCCUGCCAGAUGCACAAUGACAUCUAACCGACUAAGUAGCAGCAGCUCUGGGCCAGAAGUGGACGUUGGUGCUGUGCCAAGCUCCGGGAGUCACACCCUAUCGUCUCCACAACAUGGCUUCUCCCCCUCACACUCCUCCCUGUCUCAUCUAGAGGAAGUGAGCCCCCCAGAGCCAAGAGCAACUAGUCACUGCAAAUCGCACGAGAGCAUCAGCAGUAGGUGGAUGGUGCCCACUUCUGUUGAGCGACUUCGAGAAGGACGUGGCAUUUUGGAGAAGGUUUUACGUAGCAGUGCAAAAAUAUGUCAGCGAGGAGAACCCUCGCCUUCUCGAGAUAGCGUAGGAGAGAGAGAAGUAGAUGCUGUAGAAGGAGACUUAUCAGAAUCGGCCAGUUCUUCCUUUAAGGGCCCAGCUGUUUACAGUCCUUCUCGAUACAGCUACCAGCUCUUGCAGUCUGACAGUCCACGUACAGAAUCUCAGACUCUUCUUCAGAGCUCCUCUCCAUACCGAGGACAUCCCGUCCCAUCCCCUGGAUACAGCUACCGAUCUCAGUCCCAGAGACCCGGGCACCUUCCCUCCCUCAGCUCUUCGGAACCCUCCGUGUCCUCCACCCCAUCGGGCUCCACGGACUCAACGGCUCCGUUUGCAGGGACCUCCGGCUAUUAUAGCAACCAGCAUCAUUCUGGCAACGGAGUCUUGAAGAAGAACUGUCCCACAACGGCCGCUCCUAGUCCUGCCCAUUCAACAGUUGCAGACUGCUUGCCGUCCUCUGAAUCAGGGUCUCAUCCCUGCAUGGGAACUGCCAGCUGCACUUCUUCCUCUAGGCCCUCUCAGUCGGACUUACGGACUAUCAACCCCGCCGCUUCCGGGCAACCUGCUCUCUACCAGAGCUCCAGAGCCGCCGCCACAGCAGCACUUUCCAACCCGCAGCACUACCCUCACCGAGGGGGAGGAAGCAGCAUUCACCCGUACAGACUGCAGCAGCUUCCGGGGUCAGGCGUAAAGACUCAGACAGGCCUUUCAUAGGGCAGGACAGAAUUGCCUACUGUUCCUUCCAGCAGUAGCUUGAAAGGAAGGAUGCUGGAACGGCAAAGGGCCAGAGGCCGAGGCUUCAGGAUGUACAAGCGAGCGAAAGCACUGCCAGCCACCCCCUGGCUCCGAAACGAGGAGGAAGUGGCAACGGUGGCAGCAAUGGCGGCGGUGGUGGCAGAGCCUGUAGCAAAGCAUGGCCACAAUGCCUGGGUACGUUGUAGAGAAAGCCAAUGGUGCUGAGUGGCAUGGCCUCUGUCUCCUGCCUGUGCCCUUAGCUUGUAGUCACCUGGGCAGGUAGGUAAGCUUGAAUAAGAAACCGUGCAAAUCAGAACAUUAGGGAAGGGCGAUUUGGGGGCGGGCGGGGCUAUUCCUUUUUUUAAAAAAAAAAAAAUCCCAAAGUGUUCUCUGCAGAGUUGGGUUCCCAGAAUAUUCUGGGUUGGGGAGGGUGGGUGGUGUAGUCCAUUCUGAUCAUUCCAGUCGUAAGCAAGAGCAUUUAUUGUCUCCAGGCUCUGGGCAGAGACUCAUGGGAUAGGGCUGGUGGUAGUGUGUGUGCGUGCGUGUAUGUAUGUGUGUAUGUUUGUGUGUGUGUCUGCACGCUCAAGUGUGAGUCCAUAUGCGCGAGCAAAUGUUGCUGCAAUGCUAAAGAUCACACUCUCAGAACCGGAGUCUCGGGCAAGCCGUACUCCGCGAUGGAGCAUCGCCGCAUUCUGCUAGGUGAAGAUGGUGGCUCGUCACAGGGAACAGCUUUGAUAAGUUGUUCUGUAGUUUGAUUGUUUUAGUCUGUGGAUGAUGGUGAGAGAAAACGCCCCGUCUGGGUCGUGCGACAUGGCUGCUCUUGUCGGGCGUGUCCUUUGUGCGUGUGUGAGAGGCUCCUGCUACCACCUCUUUGAGGUCCAACAGCACUUCCAGCCCCGCUGGUUGCGUUGUCCCGAUUCCAUACAGUUGCCAGCUUUUCUCACUUGUUUACUCUCUCAAGCGUGUGUUUUUAUUUAUCUAAUUUUAUAUUCAGUUAUAACCAUAGUAGGUUAGCAAAUAAAUCAGGCAGGUCUAACCCCAGUGCUGCCACGGACCUUUUCCAACCCCUCUUCGACAAGAUGAUGCUGUGAGCAUGUCUUCCCUCCUUUCUCAGAAGCAAAAAUAUAUAAUUUUUUUUUUGUUUUUUCAUUUGCAUUUUUUAAUUAGGGCUGUUACAGGUUUCUCUUAACUCAUUGAAAUCAGGUGUUCUUCAUUCAAUUUAGGGGAGACUUUAAAAAAAAAAUCAAAAGUGGAGAAGAAGAAACAAGAAACCUUUCCUCUAAAAAAAAAAAAAAGUAUCUGGCUUGUGAGCGUGUUGGGGGAAUGGAACUUGUCACCCAGAAACCGGGUGUCCUAUAUACUGUAUAAAAAAAAAAGGGGUGUCAGCUUCACUGGGCUUUGCAGCCUCCUUUUUUUUCCAUCAUGUUGUUGAGCAUCCUCUCAGCAUUGCAAGGAUCCGUCUGGAGAUCGGCAGGCAGAGAUAUGAAGCACCACACAAUUCGGGGUGCUGGGAAAGGGUAGGAGUCCACCGGGAAGUCGGGAGCGCGGGGGGGCUGCAGUGCUACCCUCAAGUGGAGUUGUACACUGUGCUGUAAUAUUUGAACUUUCACAAGAGAUGUAAUAAUUUUGAUAAUAAAAUACUUAACUUGAAAAAAAAA